GAACAUUGGAUGAGCGCCACUUUCGACAAGGCCGCUAUCACGAGGACUAUUUAUUAUAAUGAGUAUCUUCAGCUGAUUACCUUGCCUUGUAAAGUCACCAUUUUUAACAACGAAGUCACGAUUUCUUGUCGUCGUUUAUUUAAAUGAUCAAAGUACCUGGCUUUACUGUCUCUCACUUACUCGGACGAGGGACAUAUGGACUUGUGUAUAUGGGAAAGAAGUUUGGAUCAUGUAAACUAGUCGCCAUUAAGUGUAUGAUGAAAAGUAGACUAGGCAAACAAGCUCAAGACAAUCUAGUCAGUGAGAUAUCAAUAUUGAAGACUCUUGAACAUCCGCAUAUUGUUUGUAUGCUUGAUUUCACAUGGGAUGCAUCGUAUGUGUACAUAAUUAUGGAAUUCUGUGGUGGAGGUGAUCUUGGCAGAUUUUUAAAGCAGAAACGAAAACUAGACGAGUUACUUGUGCAACACUUUCUGCAACAAUUAGCCUUAGCUCUUCAAUAUCUAAAAAGCAAGAAUAUCAUUCACAUGGAUCUAAAACCACAAAAUAUUUUGCUCACAUCAUUUAAUAAUCCAACGUUGAAGCUUGCAGAUUUUGGUUUCGCCAAGUGUAUUGAAGGGACAGCUCACAUGAACGAAGUACGUGGUACACUAUUGUAUAUGGCGCCUGAAAUAUACUGCGAAGGUGUUUAUCAUCCAUCUUGUGAUUUAUGGUCAGUUGGUAUUAUUUUAUACGAGUGUCUGUUCGGUGCUCCUCCAUAUGGUAAUGCAAAUAUUCAGCAGUUGAAAGAAAUACUAGUGAAGGAUGAUCCUAUUGAGGUGCCUCAGACCAAUGAAAUCAGUAAACCGUGUGCUGCAUUAAUACGGGAUUUAUUGAAACGUAAACCCUCCGAGCGAUUAACUCAUGAACAGUUUUUCUCUCAUCCAUUCAUCGACUUGGAUCAUAUACCAUCUGCACAAAGUAUGGAUAAAGCUAAUGAAUAUCUCGAACGUGCUCCCAAACUAGAAUCAUUGGGAAAAUUAUGUGAAGCAUACGAUUGUUAUCUAGAAGGGUUAAAUCAUUUAGUCGCUGCAUGUAAUUACGAACAAAGUCGAUUUAGGAAAGCGGAAAUACGAAAUCUGAUGAAAAAUUACUUAAUCAAAGCUGAAUCAUUGAAGUCAGAGUUAUGCCUUAUUACUGAAAUGAAUAAAGUCUCUCCAUCGUCUACUUCCAAAUCUCAUCGAAUAAGUUGCAGCAACAAUUCAAAGGAUAAUUUACCUGAUCCUAUUACUCCAGUGAAAUGCUACCGUGUUUCUCAACAACAACAACAGCAAACGAAGGAGACUGUUAAUUCAAAGAAGACGUCUUCAUCCGAUUUAAAAACAGAUGUAAAGCGUAAUUCUCCAGCAGAAUUAAAAGCUGCUAUCCCAUCUACUAUGUAUUAUCCAACUCCAAGUCAAACAAAUGAAAUCACUUAUUACCUAAGGGAUCAAUUGACAAUAAAUUCAAUUGAUGAAAUCAAUGAUUGUUUAUCAUCUGAUAAGGCUAGCGUUAUUACACGUGUAAAACAAUGGUUCACACGACAAAAUUAUAAAGAUGAGAAAAUGUAUGAAUCUGAAAGAAAUAAAGGUCGUGUGCCGACUGGUCUCUUGGUUGACGUGAAUCCUGUAAAAUCUGCCCAAUUAUCCUCGGUAUCUGUGAAUUCUCAUUCCCUAAAGCAUCAUUCAUCAGUGAGUCCUCCUCCACUGAAUCAGAAUUCUUCAUCUUCUGGAUCAGAUACUUUAGUCGAUCGACAGACAAAUGAAAGCCUGGUUAACAGUCAAUCGGAUAAUAAUACUGCUCUACCAAGUGUUAAUUCAAUGCCUACAGAUCUUGCAAAAUCUCAAAAUUCACAAUCUGCAGAGUUUGGUGUAAAAGUGAAUUCAGUGAAAAUCGAAGAUGAUUUAAUUCAAAUAUUCGGUCGAAAUCAACUUUUAGAACUAGCAGAUAAUUGUAACAAAGAUGUGAUAAAAUUUUUGAACAGAUUUUAUAGACUUAUUUCUGAACGACGUCACAAGGAAGCAUUACUCUAUUUCGAAAAUGAAUUCGCCACCUGCUUAAAAGCAGUUAAAAGUGAUUCAAACCCCAAGAAUCGUAGUAUUUUAUAUGAAGAAUUAAAAUUCUCAAUGGAUGAAGCAGAGAAAAUCAAGGCGAACCUAGAUUCAGCUGCUGAAACUGAAGGUUUUGAAGUUGGUGAGGAGGCUUUGGAUGACGAUCAAGAACAAGAUCGCUGUUCAUUUAUGUGAUACAGAAUAGAAAAUUGCCGUUAUCCAAACUGGUCUCCAAUAAUAACCGUCAUAAUAAAAAUAGCACAACGACCUAAUAACUCGCCAGAGUUAGAUAUCUAUUAAAGAUAACUGUAUAAAUAUUAUGAUGAUAGAUGAUGCCUUACAAGUGGGAAUCACAGUUUUGUACAUUUUAGGUUUAUAUAUAUAUAUAUUUGUUUUCCUCUUCUCAUAUCUCAUAUUUUCAUCGGCUAUUGAUAAUUGAGCUCUUUUUGAGUCUUUGUAGUCUUUGUAUUACAAAAUACC